UCCCAUGAUGGUCAACCCUUCAUCACCACAGUGGACCCCAGAGCAGCUCGCUGCAUUGCAAGGGGAGGACGGCGGCCCUCUGAUCAUCUCCAUCGUCUCCGUCUUCACUGCGAUCGGCUGUAUUUUGGUUUGCCUACGAAUCUAUGCACGUUCAAUCAUCAUCCGUAACAUUGGUCUCGAAGAUUACUGCAUCAUAUUAUCAUUUGCGCAUGCUAUUGCCAUGGCUGUAUUCCAAAUAGAAGGAGCUAAACAUGGAGGUUCAAAACACAUGAUGUUCUUGACACUACCACAGAUAGAAACGACAUUGAAAUACUUGUAUGGAAGCAUCUUGAUGUAUGCCAACGCCCUCACCCUCACAAAAAUGUCGAUACUUCUACAGUACCGUCGUAUUUUCGCCUUCACGUCGAUGAGAAUACCUAUUUACAUUGUCGGAGCCAUCUGCCUAGCAACUGGCAUUAGUGCAUCGCUUGUUCUGGUUUUCUCUUGCAUCCCUGUAUCUGCAUUCUGGGAUAUCAGUGAAAAGGAAACUGCAGCAUGUAUCAAUUCAAAUGCCUUCUCCUUCGCAGGUGCCGCUAUGAACAUUGUUACCGACAUUCUCGUUGCAGCCCUCCCUGUACGAGCGAUAUGGCAACUUCAGGUUUCACGGAAGCAACGGAUCGCCCUCAUGUGCAUCCUAACCCUCGGCUGGUGUGUUUGCAUCAUCUCUAUUGCCCGAUUGCAUGGUUUUAUUGAACUUGCAAAACACCCUGAGGACUCUACUUUCUAUGGAACUGCGCCAGCCUACUGGAGUUCUAUUGAGGUAAAUUUAGGUAUUGUUUGUGCUUGUGCGCCAGCUUUGAAACCUUUAGUCGUCAAAGUUAUUCCUAGAUUUGCGACUCUAUACGGCAGCCGCAAGAGCACGUACGGAGGAACAAAGGAUACGCCCAAGGACUCUUCGUCCUUUGUUAAACUCAAGGGCAAAGGCAGUAUUGGCACUAUCUCAGAUGAGGUUGAACUGCAUCAUCGCAGUGGAAAUGUGGUGUCCGAGUCUUACACGGGACUACCGCGCACUAUCCACGUGAAAACGGAUUUGGAGCAGCAAAUUGACGAUUUUGAUCGUAAUGUUGACACAAACAGCGAGAAGAAUCUUGUAAUCAGACCUACUAGAAUCACGGAUAGGCUUUGAAGCAGUUAAUAACGUACACGAAGUAUCUCUAAAGUAGUGUCGAACCUUGUAGUACUUAGAAAAAUUCAUAUAUCUAUCACUUUACCCUG